AUGAGCUUGCCUUUCAAUAACAAUUUCGGCUACCAGCCGUAUGUUCAAAAUUCCUACCAGAAACCGGACCAAAGAGAGGGACCUCAUAUUGGCCAAGGCGGUCUUAUAAAUAACCAACCGACACUUAAUAGACCAGGCCAUGUACAAAUACCUCAUUUUUUGCAUUCUGGUGUUCCUCCUGAAUCACCGUUUGUACAGGGAGCCGAAGAAAUGAACCCAGUGUUCUAUCAACAACUGCAGCAGCAGCCGCCUUUACAACUGCAAGUGGCAGGAAAUCAACAUUUUCAUACUCAGCAGCAAUAUCCACAAACCCAUCAACAUCAUCAUACCCAGCAGGCUACGGGACACCUGUUCCAAGGAUCGGGAUUCCAACCGAUGCCUUCAGAUCCGCAGAGAAUGCUUUUCAUACCAAAUAUUCAAUGGCCAUAUGAACAACAACAACAACAACAACAGCAGCAGUUAUACCCUUCUGGUCCCAUAGGUCAAACACAGAAUCCUUAUCACCUUUAUAUGGGAACUCUGCAUUAUUCGCAACCUUAUUUUGCGAGUCACCCUGCUAUACACCCGCGACAUGCUAGUUUCAAUGUCAUUUCAAAUGGUCAUCGGAGUCUGCUGCUAAUAAUGACUUCACAACCUAGGGUUAAUAGUGAACCUACUAUGCCUAGUAUGGCUGCUAGUCGAAUUCGUACGAAUUCAAAUGCUGGCCAUUAUAAACCACUCCAAACGAAAAGAAAUGCUAAACCAAGGAUCAAUGAACUAUCUGGAAUUGAAAAUAAAAAGCAACAAUAUUUGUCUAAGGAGGUAUCGCCUAUUGAAUAUGGGGAGCUUUCCUUAGAUUAUUUAAAUAAACAUUUUCAGGCAGCAUUGAAUAUAACUGUCCCUUCGACUGUUGAGGGAGACAAUCGUUUCGAACUUUUGUUAUCCAACGAAUUGGAAUUUGAACUCCUAGACUUAUACAUUCAUAAAUUGUCUGAGUUUCUCGACAUAUUUUGGCCGUUAGAGAUUUUUCAGAAAGUCAUACCGAGUUUGGCCGUAUAUGAUGAUACUAAGAUGUUGUUGUAUUCUGUGCUUUAUUUUAGUUCAAUCAUCUUACACAGGAUCAGUCCCGAGCGUAUUGAGCAAUCGAUCCCUGUCAAUUACUAUCAGCAAUGUAUCAAGAUGAUUAGAUACAACUUGAGCUCUUCUGAGGUUGCUGAUGUAAACGAGGCCAUGAUUUCGAGAUGUCUACUAAGUACCACCAUGUUAUGUGUGAGUGAAUUAUCCUUGAUUGGCGUUGAUGGUACACAUGUUCAAGGUGUUUAUAGCAUAUUUUCUUCUCUUUUAGAGAGGAGUACGCAAUCCCACAGCUUACUAAAAAGUUCACCCUUCUAUGAGCUUUGUUUUUGGGCGGUUUACAAAUGCGAUCAGCUUUUAUCAUUCAAAUUAAAUCUUCCAUUAUAUUCUUCAGUGGAGAAGUACUGGAGAAAAUUAGAUCCAAAAUACUUUGAACUAUUUGAUAAUUUUGCCUCAGUUGAUCUGGACGAUGAAACCUUCAGCAAAGAAAAAACAUUCUGGUGGAAGAAGAAAUUUUUAAUAUUGGGUAGUCAAAUUAACGAUUUUAAAUAUUCAGAAGAAGUCUUAACUGAGGAUGAAUCAAAUGGCUUAUUUCAAAAGUGGUCAACGCUAAAAUCCAGCCUUGACGAAGCCGAAGCAAGGCUCCCAAUAUCUUUGAAACCCAUCAUAUACAAACCAGCUUCGAAUGAAAAUGUCUUUCCCGUAACUUUUUUUAUUGAUGAAAUAAUUGUUGCUAUCGCACUUUCCAUCAAAAUCGCGAAACUACAUCUCUAUGAGUCUUUGUUGAGAAGGCUAGAUAAUAAGAGUCCAAAAGUUCAAGAGCAGUUAGCUCUUUAUCCUUCCAACUUUGAGAAAAAAAUUGCCAAAGAUAUUAUUGGAAUGAUCAAGACUUAUGAAAGUAACAUUGGCGUAAUGACAGCUGGCGCUUAUGCAUUAAGAAAAGUUACUUGCUAUAUAGUUGAUGAGCCCGUACCCUUUGCAGAGGUCGAAUCUCUAGUUGAUAAGGUAAUUGAGCUCUGCCACCUUAGAUAA